AUGUCGCAAUAUAAUCGCCGCAAGGGUCGCAUUCCAGGGACCCUAGUCUUAAACUGGCAGUCCGGAGAGGCGCCUAAUGGGAAAUCAUCGACCAGAAGACCCAUGACUGCCUGCGAGGCAUGUCGCACAGCCAAAGUCAAAUGCGAUGCACAGGGAGAUUGCAGUCGCUGCAAAAUGCGCGGCUUGGAGUGUCGCUAUGCCACUCGCGGCUCGCUGGCGAACAGUGAGCCCAGGCUGGAUUUUGUGGGGCGUAGCCAAGCAAACCCCGGCCAAGAAGCAAUUCACGGACUUACUGAUCUCCCCAGCGAUAUUGACUCUGGGUUUCUGGAUGACUUAUCUCUACACAAUGCGUCGGACGCAAUGGAAUGGGGGGAGGACGCGUUCAACAAAGCCCUCGAGCAUUUCGACAGGGCAGAUUCUUCCGGAAGACCCCAUUUGUAUCCCCGAAAACUACAAUCUCAGUCCGUGUACUUUAACACUCCCCGACUCGAUAUCGCUGCCUUCAGUAUCGAGUCACGGAGACACCUCGGCGUGCUAAUGUAG